CAAAAGUUGACACCUCUUCGGAAACUUCCAACAUCGCCGCUGCUUGGAGCCUCAACUCUCACUUAAACCGCCCCCCCCUCGGAGCUCCGUCGCGAACUCAACACGUCGUUACCUUAUUCCGACGGCAUCCCGCGCCGCCGCAAGCCUCCGAACUUACGGCUCCGCGAUAGAAACAGCAUGAGUUCAUGAGAUUAGGGGGUUCCCAUCGCGCGCCCACGCCCACGCUGUUCCCCCUCCCCGUCGCCUCCCGCCAUGGCCCUCAUCGGCCUCCCUUUGGUGAGAGGCCAGGUCCGCCGACUCUGGAUCGCCUCCCUUCACCUCCUGCUCGCGGCCUCGGCGUGCGCCUACAUGCCGCUCUCCGACGCCGCGCUGCGUAACGUCACAGUCUCCGAGGCCGACUUCGACAUCCACGCCGGCCCGCUCCUUUCCCCCCUCCUCAUCCCCCGGGUGCCCGGCACGGACGGCCAGCUCCAGACGCAGCGCCACUUUGUCGACUUCUUCACCAAGUCGCUGCCGAAAUGGACCGUGCAGUGGCAGAACUCAACCGACAAGACGCCCGCCACGGGCGACGCCAACGUGCCCUUCCAGAACCUCAUCUUGAGGCGCGAGCCGCCCUGGACGAAGCCCGGCCAGGCCAACUAUCUCACCCUCGUCGCCCACUACGACAGCAAGUACGAGCCCGCGGGCUUCAUCGGCGCCACCGACAGUGCCGCGCCGUGUGCGAUGCUCAUGCACGUCGCCAAGGCCCUCGACCCGUACUUGACCCAGAUGUACGAUGAGAUGGUCGCCCUCGGUGAGCUGGGCGGCACCGUUCCCAUGGACAUGGGCCUCCAGAUCCUCUUCCUCGACGGCGAAGAGGCCUUCAAGUCAUGGACCGACACGGACUCGCUGUACGGCGCGAGGUCCCUGUCGAAUGAGUGGGAGCACACCUUCAACCCGGCCAUGUCGCACUACAAGACGCCGCUCGAGCAGAUCAGCGCCUUCGUGCUGCUCGACCUACUCGGCUCCGCGGAGCCCCGGAUCCCGUCCUACUUCCAGUCCACCCACUGGGCCUACCGGGCCAUGGCCAAGGUUGAGCAGCGCAUGCGCGAGCUCGGCGUGCUCGAGACCAAGCCCAAGAACCCGUUCCUCUACGACGCCGAGAAGAACCCGCAGAUGUUCGGCCGCAGCGGCAUCGGCGACGACCACGUGCCCUUCAUGAUGAAGGGCGUCAACGUCCUGCACAUCAUCCCCUCGCCCUUCCCCGCCGUGUGGCACCGCAUGGAGGACGACGGCGAGCACCUCGACAUGCCCACGGUGCGGGACUGGACGAGGAUCGUGACGGCCUUCACCAUGGAAUGGCUCGAUACGAAUGAGGUGAUGGCGGAAGAGAAGGAGGGAGAAUAGACUGUAGUAGUAGCGUUCAUACAUUAAAUAACCAUCCAACAUAUUACAU